AUGCCUCUCCCUUUCAUCCUCAUCGUCGGCGCUGGUCCCAGCGGCCUCCUUUUGGCGCUUAUGCUAGGGAAAAAAGGCAUCCCCGUACGCCUUCUAGAAGCUGCAGUGUCUCUGGACAAUCGCCCGCGCGCGACCCAUUACUCCCCACCGGCAGUCUAUGAGCUACGCCGUGCAGGAGUCCUCGACGACAUGGAGAUCGAGGGCUCGUUCAUACCAAAUGGAGCGUGCUGGAGAAAGCUGAAUGGUGAAUUCCUGGCCGGAGUCGCUGCUCCGGGAAAUAACGACGACGACCAGACUCCAAUGCUGUGUCUUCCCUUGAAUCAGCUAAACCGCAUCCUCCAGCGGCAGAUUGAUCGAUUACCGCACGUGCAGAUACUGUACUCGCAUAAAGUAACUGGGUUAGGUCAAGAUGAAGGGAAGGCCUGGGUGGAUGUGGAAACACCGAGUGGUGUCCAGCAGUUGGAAGCGCAAUUUAUAGUCGGGUGCGAUGGCGCGAAUAGUCAGAUACGCCGCUCCCUAUUUGGAGAUUGGGAAUUCCCUGGCUUCACCUGGGAUCAGCAAAUUGUUGCCACCAACACCUACUACCCGUUUGAGAGGCAUGGCUUCGACUGGGACUCAAAUUUCAUCAUCCAUCCAGAGCACUGGUACAUGGCGGCGCGGAUCUCGGACGAUGGAAUGUGGCGUGUCACUUAUGGUGAGAUUCCAGGCCUCAGCUUCGAUGAACUCAAAUCCAGACAGCCGGAAAGAUUUAAGGCCUUGCUACCAGGAAGCCCUAAUCCUGGAGAUUAUAAGAUUGCCUCCUUCAGUCCUUACAAGGUGCACCAGCGCCUGGCUAAGAAGAUGAGAGUCGGACGGUUCCUACUGGCUGCUGACGCAGCGCACUUAUGUAAUCCCUUUGGGGGCUUGGGGUUGACAGGCGGGAUAGUGGAUGUGGGCGGGUUGUAUGACUGCCUCGCUGGUAUAUAUACGGGGGAAGCCGACGACAGCAUCCUCGACAUCUAUGACACUGUUCGGCGAUCGAAGUAUGAUCAUCUCAUUAAUCCGGUUUCCACUGCCAACCUCCAACUGUUAUUUGGACAAAAUCCAGAAACAGCUCUCGAGGACAGCGAGUUUUUGAAGACGUGCAAGAAGGCAGAAGCAAGUCCAGAGGUUGCUUCGCAGCAGCGGCAGGGGAUUGAUGCCCUGCAGUAUGACUUCAGACAGCAUUACCGGAAGUAA